AUGGAUUUUAGCAUGCCACUGGCCAUGGUCGUUGGAUUGGUCCUGGUGGUUGUAGCAAUGAUGAUCAUCGCCUUGGUCCGUGCAAGUGCUUCCCCGAAGGAAAUGGAUGGCAUCCCAGGUAGUCUUGGUUGGCCACUAAUAGGCGAGUCCCUCUCUUUUAUAUCUGAAUUUUCAAGUCCUGCUGGUAUUUUCAGCUUCAUGAACAAAAGGCAACAGAGGUAUGGGAAAGUGUUUAAGAGCUACGUGUUAGGACGAUAUAUGGUUUUCACAACUGGCAGGGAAGCAAGCAAGAUGCUAUUAACAGGAAAAGAUGGUAUGGUCAGCUUGAACCUGUUCUACACUGGUCAGAAGGUGCUGGGCCCAAACAGCUUGCUUCAGCAGAAUGGAGAAGACCACAAGCGUCUCAGGCGCCUCAUUGCUGAACCUCUCUCCAUUGAUGGCCUUAAGAAAUAUUUCCAUUUUAUCAACAAUCUAGCUAUAGAGAUGUUUGAUGGGUGGGCGGGACAACUAAAAGUGCUAGUUCUUGAAGAGGCUUCAACAUUUACUUUGAAGGUUAUCGGAAACAUGAUAAUGAGCUUAGAGCCGGCUGGCGAGGAGCAAGAGAAAUUUCGAGAAUAUUUCAAAAUCAUUUCUUCGUGCUUUGCAUCCCUGCCCUUAAAUAUUCCGGGGACUGCCUUCUACCGUGGUAUGAAGGCUCGGGAUGGGAUGUUUGAGAUGUUAGAUACCAUAAUAGCUAGGCGAAGAAAUGGAAACGAAUUACAACAAGAUUUCUUAGGGUCAUUGAUUACCAAGGAUGGAAGACAAGGAUCAGACGAUGAUGAAAAACUUACGGAUGCACAAAUGAAGGACAACAUACUAACGCUGCUAAUUGCAGGUCAUGACACUACAACUGCGGCCCUUACCUGGCUUGUUAAGUUCCUAGGAGAAAAUCAUGCAGCUUUGGAUAGGCUGAGGGAGGAACAUAUGGAAAUUCGGAGUAAGAGGGAAAGUACUGGAUCAAGUCUCACAUGGUCCGAAGUCAAUAACAUGCCUUACACUGCGAAAGUUGUGAGUGAGACUCUUCGCAGAGCAACGGUCUUACCAUGGUAUUCCAGGAAAGCGGCUCAGGACUUUGAAAUCAAUGGAUACACUAUCAAGAAGGGUUGGUCCGUCAACUUGGAUGUAGUAUCUAUUCAUCAUGAUCCACAAGUUUUUUCAGAACCCCAUAAAUUUGAUCCAUCAAGAUUUGAUGAUCCUUUAAGAUCUUACAGCUUCCUUGGGUUUGGAAAUGGGCCACGUACGUGCCCUGGAAUGAAUCUUGCCAAGCUUGAAAUCUCCAUUUUCAUUCAUCACCUUGUCUGCAGAUACAAGUGGAAAGCUCUUGACAAUGAUGACUCUGUCCAGCCAACUCUAGUUCGGAUGCCAAAGAACAAGUACCCGAUCAUUGUCGAGCCACUAGAGUAGUCCAAGGAUCUUCAUUCUAUGGCACAUACGUGCCACAAUCAAGCAGAC